CGUUCUUAAGUGGAACACGCCACCCCCCUCGCGCUCCGUCGGUGCAGGCGACUGUCAUUGCUCCGCAGCUUCCACAGGCGUCUCGCGAGAGAGCCGAGUCCGUUAACGGAGAGCGAAAUAAAGAAGGCAAUAAAGAUGCGCCGUCCGCGUGCUCUGUCCUGCGCUGCUGUGGUGUUAAUCGCGCUGCAGCAGGCUGCAGGAUUCUGGCUCCUCAACGUCAUCUUCCCACCACCAGCCAGACCUCGCGUGCCCUCUAACAGCACGCCGCCUCUCAUUAUCGUACCUGGGAAUCUGGGAAACCGCCUUGAGGCCAAGAUUGACAAGCCCACGCUGGUCCACUGGCUGUGCUACAAGAAGUCGGAGGGGUGGUUUCCCCUCUGGAUCGACCUCAACAUGUUCAUGCCUAUUGGUAUUGACUGCUGGAUUGACAACAUGAGGAUUGUGUAUAAUCGGACAACUCGCAGGACAUCCAACGCUCCUGGGGUUGAAGUCCGCGUGCCAGGCUUUGGUGAGACUUACACGGUGGAGUUCCUGGAUACGAAUAAGCUGGCAGGUUAUUUUCACACGAUGGUUCAACACUUGGUCAACAUUGGAUAUGAGCGGAACAAGACCAUUCGGGCUGCGCCCUAUGACUGGAGGAUUGCCCCGAAUGAGCAGGGUGAGUAUUUCUCAGACCUGAAGAACCUGGUGGAAGAGAUGCAUGACGAGUACAAGCAGCCCGUCUACCUACUGGGCCACAGCAUGGGAAGCAACUACAUCCUCUACUUCUUGAACCAGCAGAGUCAGGCCUGGAAAGACCGCUACAUUAAGAGCUUCAUCUCCCUCGGAGCCCCUUGGGGUGGAGCAGUGAAGUCCCUUAGAGUUUUAGCAACAGGGGAAAAUGACGGUAUCCCGCUGGUGUCCACCAUCAAGAUCCGCGAGGAGCAGCGAAUGACCACCACAAACCCGUGGUUGCUCCCAUCCAUGGAGGCAUGGCCUAAAGACCAUGUCUUCAUCUCCACCCCUUCCUUCAACUACACCAACCAGGACUACAAGCGCUUCUUCACCGACAUCAACUUCGAGGACGGCUGGUACAUGUGGGAGGACACCAGGACACUUACAGCAGGCCUCCCCACCCCUGGCGUGGAGGUCUACUGCUUCUAUGGCGUGGGCCUGCCCACUCCUGUUACCUACGUCUACGGCGAGGAGUUCCCGGACGCGGAUCCUGUGGACAUCUUGUAUGACGAUGGAGAUGACACCAUAGACAGCCGUAGCAUGAGCAUGUGCAAGCGCUGGAUAGGGCAGCAGGAGCAGCAAGUGCAUGUGACUGAGUUUAAGGGCAUGCCUCACCUGGACAUCGUCUUCAACCACAUCGUCCUCGCCACCAUCCAGGAGAUCCUGGAGGGGACCUUCAAACAGGAGGAGAGGGUUCGCAUGGUUACGGUGAAGCCGCACGCCAGUCACACCGAGCCCUUGAGUAGCACUGUGGAGAGAAGCGACACUGUGGCUUGACUUCCCCACCAAAGAUGCACAGAUGCGUGGUGGUGGUGCACUUCAUACUGGGUUCCUGUUUAAUGUAGCCAAACGGUGCCAUUGUCAAUUGAAGGAUAAAAGGCACCAUUUGGCACAAAAGUGUGUGUGUGGGGGGGUGAUAUCACCACCCUUAGGUGUCCUGCCUUUAGCCUCAGUAUGAGUUCUUCACUGUCCUCAUCUGCUGGACAAAAACUGCUAUGCAACUUGAUAUUCAUUUAUUUGAUGGCCUUCUUCAUCAGUAUUUUAGUAAUCUCUGUUAGAAAUUUGAAACAUUACAAUAGAUGUUCCUCUAUUUUUGACCAUUUAUUUCUAUGGUUCACAAUUAUCUUGCUUUUUUUUUUUUUUUUUUUUUUUGCCGCCAUGUUUUUGACUUUAUAGUUUAAAAUGUAGACACUCUUGGCUUCACCAUGUAGUAUUUAUGGAACAGGGUGUUUUUCAUUGAUAAUGAAAAGUGUUUGUCAUUUCAGGUUUGUUUUUUUUUCUUUGUUUUUUUUUUUUUUUUUUUU